GUUGAGCUUGAAAUCUCAAGCUAGAUCGAUCUGUCUAGGUAGACAACAAAUUAAUAUGGGGGAGAAAUUAGUAGUAAAUGGUGUUUUUGUUCUUGGAGUAUCAUUGAUGUUGUUGGGUAGCUUAUCAUUAGGGUUAGGGGCUAAAACCAGACAUUUCAAAUGGGAUGUUGAGUACAUUCACUGGUCUCCAGAUUGCAGCAGCAACUCGUCGGAAGGGAUUGUUAUGGCUAUCAACGGUCAGUUCCCCGGCCCUACUAUCGUUGCCAGGGCAGGAGACACCAUUAACGUCGAGCUCACCAACAAGCUCUUUACAGAAGGCGUUGUCAUUCACUGGCAUGGAAUCCGACAGAUUGGAACGCCAUGGGCAGAUGGAACUGCUUCCAUCUCACAGUGCGCCAUUAACCCCGGUGAAACAUUUGUCUACAGAUUCAUACUAGAUAAGGCAGGAACUUACUUUUAUCAUGGACAUUAUGGGAUGCAAAGAUCAGCUGGAUUGUAUGGAUCUUUGAUAGUGAAUGUUGCAGAAGGUGAGAAAGAACCAUUUCGUUAUGAUGGUGAAUUUAACCUUUUGUUAAGUGAUUGGUGGCAUCAAAGCGUUCAUGAGCAAGAAGUUGGACUCUCAUCCAAACCCCUACGAUGGAUCGGUGAACCACAAUCUAUAUUGAUCAAUGGAAGAGGACAAUACAGUUGUUCCCUAGCAGCGCAAUAUAGCAAUUCAUCAGUGGAGCAGUGCAAAUUUAGCGGUACAGAACAAUGCGCACCACAGGUCCUUCGCGUGCUCCCAACAAAGACGUACCGUAUUAGGCUGGCUAGUACCACUGCUCUUGCUUCUCUCAAUUUUGCUAUUGGGGGUCAUAAAAUAGUGGUGGUGGAAGCCGACGGCAAUUAUGUCCAACCCUUCGCCGUCCCGGACAUAGAUAUUUACUCCGGCGAGAGUUAUUCAGUGCUCUUAAUCGCCGAUCAAAACCCUAAAGAGAAUUACUGGGUUUCCCUGAGCGUACGAGGAAGACUACCCAAAACUCCUCAAGCCCUAACCGUCCUUAACUACAUCACCAACCACGCAUCCAAGGUUCCAUCCACUCCACCUCCGGUCGCCCCACUUUGGAACAAUUACACCCAUAGCAAAGCCUUCUCAAACAAGAUCUUUGCCCUGAUCGGCUCCCAAAAACCUCCGAUUCUCGCCCGCCGUAGAAUCUCACUCCUUAACACCCAAAACAAGAUCAAUGAUUACACCAAAUGGGCCAUCAACAACAUCUCCCUUGUCCUCCCUUCCACUCCUUAUCUCGGCUCCAUCAAAUACGGACUAACCCAUAAUUCCUUGGAUUACAAACAACCUCCCGAAACCUUCCCAAUCGAUUACGACAUCAUGGUGCCAGCGAAAAACCCUAAUGCAACUCACGGAAGCGGCGUGUACACGUUCAGGCAGAAUCAUGUGAUCGACAUCGUCCUUCAGAAUUCGAAUGCAUUGAAGGCAAACGAGAGUGAGAUCCAUCCAUGGCAUCUCCAUGGACACGAUUUCUGGGUUUUAGGGUACGGAGAAGGGAGGUUCGAUGAGCGGAAUGUGAAGGAUCUAAACCUAAAGAACCCGCCUUUGAGAAACACGGCGGUGAUAUACCCUUACGGAUGGACUGUGUUGAGGUUCGUUGCAGAUAAUCCGGGAGUGUGGGCUUUUCAUUGCCAUAUUGAACCUCAUCUGCAUAUGGGCAUGGGGGUGAUCUUUGCCAUCGAUGUGCAUAAGGUCGGGAAUGUUCCACGCCAGGCUCUCGCAUGUGGGUUGACGGCUAACAUGUUCUUUGAGAACAAACCCUAGCUAGCUUGUUACCCGACCAUCUUUAAUUUAUUAAUUAAUUAUCAACCUGCAAGUAAUUGUUAGUUAUCUAUUUAUAUAUUAUUAUUAAUUAGUGCACUGCUUUCUUAAAUAAAAUCAUUUGGUGUGUUUCCUUAUUACA